CAUCCUUCACGGCCCACAUCCAACACAGGGAGGAGCUCCAGCAAUCAGCACCCUCCUCCCUCCCUCCUUCCUCUCUUAUUGUCUUCGCUUAAAAAAAAAGUCUCCUCCUUUGACCACCCCUCUUUCUUCUCUUCUUCCUUCCCUUUGCUUUAAGCCUUCCUAAAUCCCAUCUCCCAAUCUGUCUCGAUGAUUGGCAGCACUCUUUAUAUGUCAAUUUGAUGGUUCUCAAGUCUGCAAACACGGGAGGCUAUUCUGCAAAUCAUGGGUCUCUGUUUUUCAACGACUAAGGUCACUGGCUCAAAUUCUAACAACAAUAGCAACAACAACAACAAAAAGAAUAACAACCAGAAAGAGAGCACCAAACCCUCUUCAACAGCCGCGACCCAACAGAAGCCACAUGAGAGCCAUGAUAAUAGAUCACAGCAGCCACAACAGAAGGGAAAAGGGAAUUCGAGGCGACCAAGUGGGGUUAUUCCUUGUGGGAAGCGAACGGAUUUUGGGUACGCCAAGGAUUUCGAUAAGAAGUAUUCGACAGGGAAGUUGUUGGGACAUGGGCAGUUUGGUUACACUUUUGUUGCCACCGAUAAAUCAAAUGGCGAACGAGUCGCCGUCAAGAGGAUCGAGAAGAAUAAGAUGAUCCUUCCUAUUGCUGUUGAGGAUGUUAAGCGAGAGGUCAAGAUAUUACAAGCCCUCACCGGCCAUGAGAAUGUGGUUCAAUUUUAUAAUGCAUUUGAGGAUGAAUCUUAUGUCUACAUAGUUAUGGAGUUAUGCGAGGGUGGCGAACUACUGGACAGAAUAUUGGUCAAAAAAGAUAGCCGUUACACUGAGAAAGAUGCAGCAAUUAUUGUAAGGCAGAUGCUCAAAGUUGCAGCAGAGUGUCAUUUGCACGGUUUGGUACACCGUGACAUGAAACCAGAGAAUUUUCUUUUCAAGUCAACCAAAGCGGAUUCACCCCUGAAGGCCACAGAUUUUGGUCUUUCUGACUUCAUAAAACCAGGGAGGAAAUUCCAAGAUAUUGUUGGCAGUGCUUACUAUGUUGCGCCAGAAGUACUAAAGCGCAAAUCAGGGCCUGAAUCAGAUGUUUGGAGUAUUGGUGUCAUUACAUACAUUUUGCUUUGUGGAAAACGCCCAUUUUGGGAUAAGACUGAGGAUGGUAUUUUCAAGGAGGUCUUAAAGAACAAGCCCGAUUUUCGUCGGAAGCCAUGGCCAAGCAUAAGCAACAGUGCUAAAGAUUUUAUUAAAAAGUUAUUGGUGAAGGAUCCUCGUGCUAGGCUGACUGCUGCACAAGCCUUGUCACACCCAUGGGUUAGAGAAGGAGGUGAUGCCUCAGAGAUCCCUGUAGAUAUUUCUGUGCUGUCCAACAUGCGGCAGUUUGUGAAAUAUAGCCGAUUGAAGCAGUUUGCUCUUAGGGCAUUGGCUAGCACACUUGGUGAAGAUGAGCUGGCUGAUCUCCGGGAUCAGUUUGAUGCAAUUGAUGUGGAUAAAAAUGGAGCUAUUAGCCUUGAAGAAAUGAGACAGGCCCUUGCAAAAGAUCUUCCAUGGAAAAUGAAGGAGCCACGUGUUCUAGAGAUCCUUCAAGCGAUAGACAGCAACACAGAUGGGCUUGUAGAUUUUACAGAAUUUGUUGCAGCCACUCUUCAUGUGCAUCAAUUGGAGGAGCAUGAUUCUGAGAAGUGGCAGGUGCGAUCUCAGGCUGCUUUCGAUAAAUUUGACAUGGACAAGAAUGGAUUUAUCACACCAGAGGAACUAAGAAUGCACACGGGACUCAAAGGCUCGAUUGACCCACUUCUUGAGGAGGCUGACAUUGACAAAGAUGGGAAGAUAAGCUUGUCAGAGUUCCGUCGACUCCUAAGAACUGCUAGCAUGAGUUCACACAAUGUGCCUGGCCCAUCUGGUUUACGAAAUUCUCGGAAGAUGUAAGUCACAGGUGAUGGUUUUAAAGAGAAACAGCAGGAGAGAGGUAAAAAGGGCAUGGUAGAGGUGGUGAUACACGUCUUGUGAUCUAUGUAGUUAGAAGAUUGUAAUCCUAGACAGCCUAGAGGUGGUGAUACACGUCUUGUGACCUAUGUAGUAGAAGAUUGUAAUCCUAGACAGCCCUACUGCUUCUGGCUCCAUCACGAACCUGAAGACCUGUUGAGAAGUGAGCUUGUAUUGAUGAUCCACAUUGGCUUGUGAAGAUGAUAAAAUGAGGAGAAAGCUUGUCUGAUCGAUAGUUGGUGGGACGGAAGACGAAGAUGGUUUUGGUGAACUUUGUUCCCAUAUAAAACUGUACGUCCUUAAAUCACAACGGGGCUCCAUAAGAGGGGUUCCCCUUCAAUUGUAAUGUGUGAGUAGAUGUUACUAAUUCAAAUGGUGCCGUCGAAUUCUUUUGUCAAUUUGAAUAAUAGGAUUUUUUUUUUCUUUUUACCAUUUUGAUAAUGUGGUUGACAUUAGAUAAAAGAACUAGAGACAGGCCUAAAAUGACUAUUGAUGAGUUGGUAAGGAAAGACAUGUAAAAGCUAAGUUUUGAUCCUAGUAUGAAAUCAAACAGAGCUAUUUGGAAGACAAAGAUUUAUAUGGCUGAUUGCUUUUA